AUGAAUGUUGAUAAACUUUUUAAAAUUCCAUCAAAUUCCAUUCCAAGUGGAAAAAACAAAAGAAAAUUAACUGCAAAUCCUGACAUAGAAGUCUUGAAAGCAGUAAGAAAUCAAACUGGACAAGAAGAAGAAGAAGAUCUUGCACAUACUGGUAAAUUAUCUUCGAAAGGUAAAGGAAAAAUGGUUCAAAUUUUGGAUGAAGUAGAAGAAAGAGAAUAUUAUAUUGAUGAAGACGAGGAUGCAUAUCUGGAAGAGGAGGAAGAGGGAGGAAGAUUUUUUGGUGGUGGAUUAACUGACGAACAAAAAAAAAUUUUAGAAAUGGUAGAUCAAGUUGAGGUUAACGAGCCAGAAAAUUUAAAUUUAUCUAAUGUUCGUAAAAUGAUUAUAAAAUUUGAGAAGGUGAUUACAAAAAAUCAAGAACUUCGGGUUAAAUUUGCUGAUGAUCCUACAAAAUUUUUGGAUUCAGAAACUGAUCUUCACGAAGAGAUCAAAAAUUUAUUGAGACUUUCAGAAUCACCAGAACUUUAUCCUCAAGUGGUUAAAUUAGGCACAAUAACACUACUUGCCUCACUUUUAAGUCAUGAAAAUACUGAUAUAGUAAUAGACGUAGUGGAAUUGUUGAAUGAAUUAACAGAUGAUGAUAUCGUAUCAGAAGAUAAUGAAGAGUCUAUGAAAGUUUUUAUCGACGCAUUGGUUGAAAAUCAAGUUCCAGAAUUGUUGGUACAAAAUCUUGCUAGAUUCGAUGAAAAUGAGCAAACUGAAAAACAAGGAGUUUUCAAUACGCUUGGUGUUGUUGAAAACCUCACUUCAUUGGAUCCGACCUAUUCUGAAAAAAUUGUGAAUGGUACUAAUUUACUGCAAUGGUUACUUACCAGAGUCAAGGUCAAAGGAUUUGAUUCCAAUAAACAGUAUGCUAGCGAAAUCUUGGCUAUAUUAUUACAGAAUAGUCGAGCUAACAGAAUAAAAAUGGGAGAGUUAGGAGGUGUUGAUGUACUUCUUCGAGCACUUAAUACAUAUAAACGUAAAGAUCCCAGGGAUGCUGAUGAGACUGAGAUGAUGGAAAAUUUCUUUGAUAUAUUAUGUUUAUCAUUAUCAGAGCUUGAAAUCAAACAAAAAUUCUUGGAAGGUGAAGGCGUAGAAUUAAUGUUAAUUAUGAUGAGAGAAAAAAUGAUGUCUCGUACUCGUGCUGUAAAAGUUUUGGAUCAUGCAUUAUCAACACCUGAAGGUCUGGCCAACUGUGAAAAAUUUGUUGAAAUAUUUGGCUUAAAAACAUUAUUUGCUUCGUUUAUGGGCAAGGGAAAUAAAAAACUUAAAAAAAGCUAUAAAGGAUUUUCAGAAAUCGAGGAAGAAGAACAUAUUAUUGGAAUUAUUGUUUCAUUAUUUAAAAAUCUACCAGAGAAUAGCGAACAUAGAUUAAGAUUGGUUAAUAAGUUUAUAGAGAAUGAUUAUGAGAAGGUUGAAAAGUUGUUGGAAUUAAAAAAAAGUUAUGAAUCAAAGGUGAAAGUUGUUGAUGAGCAAAUAGAGGAAGAAAAAAAUAAAUUAGCAGAUGAUGAUGAAAGUGAUGAGAUUGACGAGGAAGAAUUUUAUUUAAAAAGAUUAGAAGGAGGAUUAUUUACGCUACAAUCAAUCGAUCAAAUUAUUACAUGGAUUAGUAAAGACGAACCUAAAACAUUGGAAAAUUAUACAUUUCCAACAUCCUAUUUAUUAAAAAAAUCUGAUAGUGAAAAUGAUUAUUUUUCUCUUUCAUUCGAUCAGAUCAAAGAACACAUUGAAACUCUUUCGAAUCAAACUGGUCGUAAUAUAAUUGAUGCAAACGACGUUGAAACUGUUUUAGAAGAACAACCAAAUAAUUAA